AUGUCUCUAGAGAUGGUGACAGCAAGUGGAACUUCAGAUUCUGGUGGUAUUUUGGUGCAGAAGCUCUUUGUGGGUGGCUUGGACUGGAGCACAACACAAGAAACUCUUCGUAGCUACUUCUCCCAGUAUGGAGAAGUCGUAGACUGUGUUAUAAUGAAAGACAAAACAACAAACCAGUCUCGAGGGUUUGGAUUUGUCAAAUUUAAAGACCCCAACUGUGUAGGAACAGUGCUGGCCAGCAGACCUCACACGUUAGAUGGCCGAAAUAUUGAUCCAAAGCCAUGUACACCUAGGGGGAUGCAGCCAGAAAGGACACGACCAAAGGAAGGAUGGCAAAAAGGAUCCAGGAGCGAUAACAAUAAAUCCAAUAAAAUCUUUGUUGGUGGGAUUCCUCAUAACUGUGGCGAGACAGAGCUCAGGGAAUACUUCAAGAAGUUUGGAGUGGUCACUGAAGUUGUAAUGAUCUAUGACGCAGAGAAACAGAGGCCCCGAGGUUUUGGAUUUAUUACUUUCGAGGACGAACAAUCAGUGGACCAGGCUGUCAACAUGCAUUUUCACGACAUCAUGGGCAAAAAAGUGGAGGUGAAGCGAGCGGAGCCCCGGGACAGCAAGAGCCAGACCCCUGGGCCCCCCGGGGCCAGCCAGUGGGGAAGCAGGAUCAUGCCAAGUGCUGCCAAUGGCUGGGCAGGGCAGCCCCCUCCGACCUGGCAACAGGGUUAUGGCCCUCAAGGGAUGUGGGUGCCAGCUGGACAGGCAAUUGGUGGGUAUGGACCACCUCCUCCAGGAAGAGGAGCUCCUCCACCACCACCACCAUUUACCUCAUACAUAGUCUCUACACCUCCUGGAGGAUUCCCUCCUCCACAAGGAUUCCCACAGGGCUAUGGCACCCCUCCACCAUUCAGUUUUGGUUAUGGUGCUCCACCUCCUCCACCUGACCAGUUUGCCCCACCAGGAGUCCCCCCUCCACCUGCCACUCCAGGGGCAGCACCACUAGCUUUUCCACCACCACCACCACCAUCUCAGGCAACUCAGGACAUGAGCAAACCCCCAACUGCUCAGCCAGAAUUUCCUUAUAGUCAGUUUGGGUAUGGACAAGACUUGAGUGGUUUUGGACAAGGUUUCUCUGAUCCCAGCCAGCAACCCCCUCCCUACGGAGGCCCCUCGGUGCAGCCAUCCAGUGGCCCCCCGGCCGGAGGAAGUGGUUUUGGACGAGGACAGAACCACAACGUGCAAGGAUUUCACCCCUACAGGCGCUAGCGGGGGCUGCAAGCAGGGAAUUCUGUCCACGCAGGGAUGUCUGGGCCCAGCAGAACCCAGCAAUCCCAGACUUCUGAACUUGUGACAAUCACAUACUUGAUGGAAGAAAAACCUAACAACAUUUUUUUG